AUGGGACAUUUGGCUGCAGAGGCAUUACUCGCGACGGUGACCGAAACGCCAGGAGAUUACAGUGAAGAAUUUGUGAAGGAGCUCAAAACCUUUUACGCGGAGCUCAAAGAUUUCUUCAACGCUGAAAGCUUGACGGAACAGCUGGAAGGAUUGCGCCCAUUUAUUGACGAGGACACCCAGGCAAUUAUUGAUCAUUUUCUUUGGAAAAAGGACAGUUUGGAGAAGGCAAGUGGUGCAAAUAUCAUAAAGACGUUUUUAGAUACGAUGCAUGCAUUGACCAACUUACUUGCGACAAUUGUCAAGGCGCUUGACAGCGGUAUUCGAAAUGAAGAUUCUAACGAAUCCGAAAGUGCAGGAGGAGCUGAAUGGCUUGUAGAAGAAGUUGGGAAUGGAAAAGUAGAGCAAUGGACACCCUCAUUGACAGGCCUCGCCUUGGGUGUUCAGCAGCUGGGUUUGUCAGGUAUGCACAACGCAGAAUGUCUUGCGAUUAAAAGCGAGCUACUUGCGUGGUCAUCGCCAACGGUUAUCUCCACAUUUGAGACCAAAGACACGAAGACAUGGGCACUUAGAUUGAAGGCACCCAUAGGGCGUGCACGUCGAUUCGCUGAGACCUACACUGGCACAGUGUUACAAGUCUACCCCGGCUAUGUGGGCAGACUGGGCAAGGCUUUUCGCAUUUCAGGAAACACCGUAAGAAAUUAUGCAGAAGCUGAGGUACGAGCAAGUGUGAUGUUUCAAGUUGAAAAGUUAUUUUUACGACUUCUCAAGGCUAUUCGAAUAACUGUUGGAGAGGAUGGUUUUGAUGUCAUUAUGACAGGAAGAGCUGUAGGUCGGCUCAUUGAAGUAGAUAAAAUUGUUCCAGGUUCUUUGCCAUCUUCCGACAGUGGUCCUGUCAUCCUGCUGGUUAAGAAGGCCUUUGGCGGGGAAGAGAUCAAGGCCGCAGGCUUGAAUUUGAUGGGGGCAGUCAUACAACACCACCUCCUUCACUUGUCAUCAAUGUCCGAAGCCCAGUUGGGGCGAGGUAAGGUUAUUCCAUUUGGAGCAAUGGAGGACGCUCUCGAAAGCAGUGCCUCCUUGGAAAAGUUCCAUGAACUCGUUGAAAAGCUUGAGGCUACUCCUCUAGAAGGUGCAGAGUUGGACAAUGUGUGCAAUGAUUUGCGAUCUCUGGUUGCUAAGCAGAAGAUUUCGGAGGCAGUUCUGGAAGGACUCGCCUCAGGAGGGUUUCUCAAAUCUGCCAGGCUUAUCGUGCGAUCAAGUACAAAUGUUGGAGAUCUAGCAGGAAUGUCGGGAUCGGGUUUGUAG